AUGGCACCCUAUGAAGCCUUAUAUGGCCCAAAGUGUAGGAGCCCUUUAUGUUGGGAAGAUACGGUUAACCCUGUGACUUUAGGACCUCAGUACUUGCAAGACACAAUCGAGAAGAUCAAGUAUAUUCAGGGAAGGAUGAAAACGGCCCAAGAUCGCCAAAUGUCUUAUGCUGAUUUGGGGAGGAGACCAGCUGAAUUCCAAGUAGGAGAAAAGGCUUGGUUAAAAAUUUCCCCCACCCGGAGAGUGAUGAGAUUUGCGAAAAAGGGAAAGUUAAGCCCUUGGUUUAUUGGCCCAUAUGAGGUCUUGGAAAGGGUGGAAAAUAUGGCAUACCGCUUAGCAUUGCAUGCCGAAUUAGAACGCGUGCACAAUGUCUUCCAUGUGUCUCAACUAAAGAAAUACGUGCACGAUGCUACUCAUGUCCUUCAACCUGAAGUAGUAUGUUUGGAUGAGACUUUAAUCUAUGAGGAAAGACCUGUUAGGAUCUUAGAUACCAAGACAAGGGAAACCCGUAGGAAGUCGGUAAGGAUGGUAAAAGUCCUAUGA